AGGUGUAGCCUAUGCAAUGACAGGGGAAGGCAAUUUUAUGUCCUGUUAGAAUUAGCUGUUUAAAUGUAGUUGAUAGCUCGUAUUUAAUAGUUGAUAGUAAUUAGUUAUAAUUCUUCUAAUUAGAGACUAAUAGGCAAUAACUGAAACUGAAACAAAUGUAGUGUUAAGAAGGGGCUAAAGGUGUGAACUUUUUUUAACUAAAAAGAUAAAGGUGUGAACUUUAUCUUUAACUUGGAAAUCAGACAGACAAAGAAACCUGUCUUAGAAGUUAGGUAAGAUGUUUCCUUUGGGACAUCCUAACAAAAUGGAGAAGCUGAUGAAGUAGAAACAGAACUACUUUCAAGGGUCAAGAACAACAGCUCCCAUUUCUUGGGAACUAAAGAAAACCAACCAAACUCCAAACUAAAAACCAACAUUAGUCACCCACAUAUCCAAAGAAAUGCACAUCAAUGAAAAUCCAUACUUUAGCUUCAAGGAUAACAAUGAAAAUGACAACAACAGCUUGCAUUAAUGCUGCCAUUCUCUUCUGCUUAGCCUUUUCACGCUGUGAAGGGAGGGACCCAUUCAAUGAAAAAGCUAAUGUGAAGCUGUUCAAUGUGCUAGAUUUCGGUGCUAGGGCUGAUAGAAAUACAGAUAGCUCAAGGAGCUUCAUUGAGGCUUUUAGAGCUGCAUGUGACUACAAUGGGAAUGCUGUGCUUGUUAUCCCUCAAGGGAACUUUUUGACUGGACCUGUCACAUUCUCCGGACCCUGCAUCAACCCUGCUCCCUUAAGAGUUAAAGUGACCGGAAUCAUCAAGGCACAGCCUGAUGUUUCUUGCUUUGCCGGAGGAGCUGAUGAAUCAGACUGGUUCACCUUUCAAAACAUUGAUGGAUUGAUCAUUACUGGACCAGGCACUUUUGAUGGACAAGGCAAAUAUGCCUGGAAGUACAAUGACUGUAAGACUAAUCCCAAUUGUGUCCGGAUGGCAGCUAAUAUAAAGUUCAUCAAGGUGUCAAAUGCAAUUAUUCGAGGAAUAAAAUCUGUUAACCCCAAAGGAUUUCACAUUUUCAUUAGCUAUGGUCAGAACAUUAGGGUUGUCAAUGUUCAUCUCCUUGCUCCAGCAAGGAGUCCAAACACGGAUGGCAUUCAUAUAAGCAAAUCUGAUAUGGUGAAAAUAUCCAGAAGUAGUAUUGCUACUGGGGAUGAUUGCGUGUCUAUGAUCCAUGGAUGCACCAACAUCACCAUAAAAAAUGUAACAUGUGGCCCGGGACAUGGUUUUAGUAUUGGAAGUCUCGGACACUACGAUGAUGAAUUUGAUGUGACUCGGAUUGUAGUGACAAACUGCACGUUAUCAAACACAGACAAUGGCCUCAGAAUCAAAACAUAUAAAGAUUCACCUCCUAGUAAAGCUUCAGGCAUAUAUUUCCAGGACAUCAUAAUGAAGGGAGUCAAGAACCCUAUCAUCAUUGAUCAAGAAUACGCGAAUAGUGACAGCAACAAGCCAUCACAUGUAAGAAUCAGUGAUGUUCAUUACACGAACAUUUAUGGAACCACUACUACCAAAGUUGCAGUCAAUCUCCUCUGCAGCCAGACGGUUCCUUGCCUAGGUCUGCACUUCAACAAUGUCAAUUUGAAGUAUACUGGUCUUCUGGACAACAAUGUGCCCUUCAGCUCUAGUUGCAUCAAUGCCAGAGUUGCAUAUGUUGGCUUCCAAAGUCCACCUCCUUGUACAUAGAUUCUUUUUAUGGCCAAAAUGAAACUGCCUUCUUGCUCAAGCAAAACUCAAAUUUGUAUUAUAACAUUGGAGGAGGAGAUUUUCAAAUAACUUUCUUGUUAAUGAAAUAGAAUUUUGCCC